UAGCAACACCCCGCUAGCAGCAGCGUUGCUAGCCACGCUAUAGCGCGGCAAGGCAUAGCGAACCCGAACCGCGGAAGUCACGGCCGGCUGCUUCAAACUUUUCAAUCCCAUGCACUAAACCGGCUAAACCUGCGCCAUUAUGCAGACCUUGCCGUAAGCCUGUAGACUGCUUGUACGGUUAAGCCACCUUGAAUGUAGUUUUGCAUGAAAACCAGGACCUAAUUAAAUUGUUAUAAUAAGAGACAGAAUGCCGCCUAAAAAACCCACAGUGAAGCCUGCUGGAGGAAAACCAGCUGCCUCCAAAACAACGACCAAGUCGACUCCAGUCAAAAAAGUCACACCGGUGAAAGCUGGAGCCAAGACGCCAAGCCGGCCCGCAGGCAAAACAGCGCCCCCACCAAAAACUGGCACCCAGAAAAACGCUGCCCCGGCCAAGCCCAAACCCCCCUCCAAGGAGACGCUGGCCGCUGUGGUCAUCCAGAAAUGGGUUCGCCGGUUCCUAGGCAGGUGUCGGCUUCUCAAGCUGAGACACGAGAAGGAGGAAUACGAAGCGCUGAUGGAAAAACUGGAGAAAGAGGCCUUCGUUGCCAUGGUGAAGAGGGAGCAAGAGCGAGCAGAAGAGGAGCAUCGCAAGGAGAUGGAAGAGAGACGGAGGCGGAAGAUGCACCAGCAACGGAUCAAGCGCAUCCUAGAGGCAGCCUUUGACGGGGACGAUGACGAGAUUCUCAUUGUUCUUAAAGAGGUUGAGAAGCAAGACAUGGAACUGGGCAUAGGCAUGGACCCCAUGGGUCAGGCCCUGCGGGCAAAACACCAGCUGCAGAUGGUUGACUGUGAGGACGCCAACAACAACACGCCCCUGUCUGAGGCGGCGAGCGGGGGCCAUGCCGACACCAUCAAGCUACUGAUAGACAGAGGGGCGGACGUCAAUGCACGGGGACAGUUUGAGCGCACCCCGUUAUACAGAGCUGCAUUUGCAGGUCAUCUGACUGCAGCCCAGGUCCUUCUGCAGCACGGUGCCGAUCCGCGCCUCUAUGCCAGCGACGGUGCUACCCCAGAGCAGGUGUCUGCCAACGAACCCCUGACUGUGCUCCUGCAGGAGUGGGACGUGGGGCUGACCGAUGCCAUGCUCAGCAAGAUGGAAGCGCAGCGGGAGCAGCGCAAACAGGAGGAGCGGCAGCGGAGGGAAGCCGAGAUGGCCAAGUUGGAGAACCAACUGGCUGACGCUCAGAAGGACCAUGACACAAGACAGCUGCAACUCAACAAGGCCUACUGCGAGCUGAACAAGCGCAUCGAGGAGCACGACAAGUGCACUGCCAAGAGCAUGAAGACGGAUAUCACUCUUCAGGUUGUCAAAGAUGCAGAGCAGGAUCUGGAGAUUGCCAAGUUGGAGGCUGAGAAGGCUAGGGAACGACUGGCCAACGUGAAGCUGCAGAUCCGAGAGCAACAGAAGACAGCCAAGGGACUUGACGGUGAGCCAGAGGUUGGUGUUAAGGCCAACAUCAAAGAACUCCACGACGUUCUCAUGCGAGAUGUGGGCGAUAAAAUAAAAAGUGACGGCAGGUGGCCUUUGUUGAUUGAUCCAUCAGGCCGGGCAUCCACCUUCCUUCGCUACCAAGACACCAACUUGCUCAAUGCCUUGAAUCCUAACCAUAUGCAACCAGAGGUUAUAAGGAUGGCCGUACUAGGGGCAAUCAGGUUUGGCAAACCUCUCGUCCUGGACAUGCUGGAAGUUGACAUGUUUGAGACGUGCACCGACAGAUUCAAUGAAGUCCACGUAGGUUUAAUGGAAGACAUCCUGUCUAAAGAGCUCAUCAAGAAUGAAAAAUAUGUUUACCUGAUCAAGGACUGUGAUGGUCCGGAGUACAGUAAGAACAACUUCAAUGACCAGCGCACUCAGCAGUUCAAGUUUGUCAUCGUGACCAAAAUAGAGCCGGCAGACUCCCUGCUGGAAAGAACCUACCCAAUCAGGAUAGUCGUUGGAUGAGGACAGGCUGGGAUUGAAAUAUAAUGCAAAGCCACAUCUGAUUGGCCGUCGGUGUUGUAUUCAUUUUGGUAGCCUUGACUAUGGCUCCCUUGAACAUGAUGUAGACGGCAGUAGGCUUAAUGUAACAGUAACACCUAGAAGCAGACUGCUUUGAGCCAUCGCGACAGCUCUGGAAUACUUGGUAAAGCUGCUUCAGGCACACAAAAUUUCUGUGAAAUUUAGAGUUUUUAUAUUUUUUUUAUUGUGUAAAGUCUAUAUGGACUUGAACCACUCCAUGUUCACUCCAUUUUAACACCCGAAGUAAAGGUGCGGACAUUCUCACAAGGUUUGUAUUCAACAGUACCCAUUUUUCCCUUCUUGAAAAAGCUCCAUUUGUCCUUUCUAUUUUUAAUGCCUCUUAUUUUUGCUGUUGUGAUCACAGACUUUCGAUUGUCUACUUUCUGCAUCUGUCGUAUGCUACCAAAGAGAUUUAUUCCCUGACUGUACAGUUCUUACAAUCCGUCCAAAGAAUUCUUAAACCUAGUCAGUUUUCCGUCCAGUCUUGAUGUAAAAAUUUUAUUACCUCUAUAGGCCUAAUUUACCAACAAGUUUUGACUAUCACUUUGUAUAAUUUUCAUUUGAUGCUUCCUUUCUUGAUUUCGCUGUAAUUUUGUUGUACACAUGUAAUUAUUAUUCCAUUUAUUAAACUCAAGUAGAGGCUGUAUUACUUACUGUAGUAAGUCAGGUCACCUCUCCCAUUCCAAACCGAUGAGCUGCUAUUGGAUUAGACUCGGACUUGAAGUUGUGUAGGCCUUUUGAGGUGUGAAAUUCUAAACUGACACUAAAACAAGGUUUGCAUUUCCUGCAGUUUA